UACGAAUGCAGCAUUUGCUACAAUGAUGCAACAAAUCCAGUGGUUUUGCAAUGUGGCCACUUCUUUUGCUGGGAAUGCAUCGACCUAUGGUUGAGCGGCUGCGCAACCCAGAAGAAAAUAUGUCCUAUGUGCCGAACUGAAGUAAGAUAUAACGAUAUUAUACCAAUUUACGGUACAGGCAAAGAAGAUGAUAAUGGAAAACGAAGGCCCGCAGCACCGGCUCAUGUUCGUGAGGUUGGUUCGUGA